GCCGGCUUUCAGGGUUAGUGGCGGUGAGGCGUUCUGUGCGACAGAGGGGAGCAGGCGAUCACAGCACGAACCACGAACCAUGAGUCUGGGUGGGAGCGGCACGUGAAUUACAAAUGUUCCAAAAGAUGAUACGGUGAUGGCAAGCAUCUUGGGACAGAUAGCCUUAAUGCACGGCACGGGGAAGGCGAACAUCAAGCGUGACGGUAACGAACAGUUACAGCGGGCCGGCGAGGCACAUUAUUACUACCCAUGCAAGCCACCCAGAGCCUGCGGCGCACUAGCGACCUUCGUCAACAGGGCAAGGAUGAUGCGUGAUCCAUCCGUUUCUGGAAACAAACAAAGUGCAUCACGGCAAGGAACCCGGUUCGUGCAGACACGCGCGUGGAUGCGCAUGCCGUACGGCCGCCGUGGGUGGAUCCAGCGGACCGGGCCCUGGCAAAAGGCGCCAGAUCUGUGUACCAAGUAUCAUGUAUCGUCCCGACAAUCUUCUUACGCCCUUGGCGAUAUUUUUGUAUCACUGAGACCUGGUGAGCAUAGCCGACGCACAAGGACCAAUGCGGAUCCACGUCUACACUGUGCACGUUCUCCACCCAUCCCUCAGACUAGUUUCACGAAUGAGGCUGCAGGGUUUCAAUUACUGAUCACAGAAGACAGAUCAGGGAUCAGCCACUUCAGUCUAGCGACAUGCACUUACCUGUCAUAGAAGCUGAAACUUGGCGACCUCUACUCGCAAGCAGGCGACCGCGGAUCUUAUAACACCGUCUCUGUUCAAGGAUUCGAGUCG